AAUAUGCACGCAGUAGCCUAUCACUGCCAGUUUCAGUGUUGGCUGGUGUUACUUUCGUUUAUUUAACCUUGGUGUGAUACCAAUCUUAAUUUUUUUGUAGCCUAAGUAAUCAUAAACGAACAACACAUAUAUCAAUAUGCCAACGCAUAUUAAAGCUUAUUUAACGCAACAUUUAGGUCGAGAUGGACUUGUCAACGAUACUGCUCCGAUUUCCUGCUGUUGAUAUCUUUCAGUUUAACUCAGUUCAGGGUUGUGUGUUUUUAUGUCAAAAAUAUGAGUAACGCUUUUUUAAAGCAUGUUAGAAGGUUUCCCUGGGUUACCAAUGUAACCCUCUACGGUUGCUUGUUCGCUGGUGGGGACUUCGUUCACCAAUGGUUUUCGCGGAAAGAAGACAUGGACUGGAGGCACACACGGAAUGUUGCCGUAGUCGCCUUUAGUUUCCAUGGUAACUUUAACUUCUUCUGGAUGCGUUUUUUGGAGCGGAGAUUUCCAGGGAAUUCUGUCGGUAUGGUUCUACGCAAACUUUUCUUGGACCAAACCACCGCUGCGCCUUUGGCCACAACCGUAUUCUACACAGACCAAGUGGAGCAUGUGUGCAUGGCGGAGAGCAGCAUGGACCCAGAUGAGAUCGAGGUGGAGAUGGCUCGUAUCCAGCGUCUCCGGGAGGUCCUGGUGCGCCGGGAGUCUGAACUACGCUUCAUGAUGGAUGACAUCCAGCUCUGCAAAGACAUCAUGAGCCUGAAACAGGAACUGAGGAAGAUAGUCACCGUACCAGAGAAAGAGAAGACCAAGAAGCACAGACAGCGGGAGGAAGAGCUGAUCCUGAAGAUCCACAAGCUGGUGCAGAAGAGGGACUUCCUGGUUGACGAUGCCGAGGUGGAGAGAUUAAGGGAGCAGGAGGAGGACAAAGAGAUGGCCGAGUUCCUCAGACAGAAGCUGAUGUCACUGGAGAAACUGGCCCGAGUCACACAGAAUCCCCCAAAGUCUAAGAAGCACGUCCCCACGCCACCCACUAACAAGCCCUCCAUCGCCAAAUCGAGUGUGGCCAUCAUCAAGGACUGCUGUGGAGCCACCCAGUGUUGCAUCAUGUAGCAGUCUGAUGACGACCCCCCCUGACACUCCCAAACAGAACAGUCUGACCUAAUCGGACCUAAUCCGUUUAUGACAUCACUUCCUAUGUACCUAGAGAACCCUGGUUGGUUGGUGGUGUGGAAAUGGCGAGUUGUACAGGCAUGUGUGCCCUACGUAUCUGAAAUGUGUAUAUAUAUGGAAGCUAAUCCAGAUGAAAUAUUUGGUGUCAUAUAAUCCCCUGAACAAUGACAAAGGAAGACAGUUUGACGGUAAUAAAUGUACCAGUGCAUUUAAUAGGUUUAUUUGUUCAUUAUAAUGUAGGGUUAGAUAUCUUCAAGACCAAGAUGGUGUAAGGUGCUCUAUAACGUAGUCUUUAAUUAGUAUCUUCUUGCAUUGCAAUUAUAAGCACAAGGUCCCUAAAGAACUACGAACUCCAGGGUUCUCUUGUCCACCAGGAAGUGAGGUAAUCUCUUUUGGUUAUUUGCUGUUGUUUCAAUAACGGGUAUUCAUGCUUCCAUUUCAACCCUUUAACAGGAAACGUAGAACACCUCUUUAAAAGCUAUUUAUCAACUAUGGUCAUGGAAUACCCUCCGAGUCACACACGUGUAUUCAAGUCUACCCAUACACACAAGUGUUUCGUAGUGUUUUUUGUUUAGUCCAAUUAGGGGUUUCUCAGUGCUUUGUGGUUAAUUGUUUAAUUGAUUGAGGAAGCCAAUUGGUCAGUAGUUAUUUGGUUAUUCAUUUGAGGCAUUCUAAUUGGUCAGUCCACUCAGUAUGUUAGUGCUGGUCUUGAACACAAGUGUGUCGUCGUGUGUGCUCCUAAAGACAACGUUGAGAAAUGUUAAUGACUAUGCUUUGUUCUCUGCUGCAGUGCGUUUUGAUCUCCAAGAUUCUGUGGUUUACUUCCAGCUUUUUCUUGACAAGUACAAACAUGCUUUCACAAGCUGCAACACACAAGAUGUCAUUGUUCAGUUUUCUAUGAUGUAAAUAUUAUAUCAGCAAGUGGUAUCUACUAAACUGUAAAAGUCAACAAGUGAUCAAUUUUCCCUUCCCUCAGAUAUCAGUAGUUCUAGUUGCCAUGCUAUUGCAAUGGUAUAUUCAUGGUUACCCUGGAAAACUCAAGGGACUAACUAAUCCUGCAUCCUUUGAUUCAGUCUUGCGAUUUUACACUAAACAUGAGGAUGUGAAUGCAAUUCUUGUAUAUGCGUAAAACUCUGGAAAAUAACAUUGUAUGUCUUAUUCAAAAAGUAUUUAAGGUAUUACUGUCAUGUUGAACAAUGUGACCCCUCUUCUUCAGAUUCUAACUGCUCUUCUCAGAAUCCCUUCCGGUGGUUUUGUUCUGUAGUAAUAGUUGAGGUCCGACAAUGAACAGUAUUGUGCAGACAAUAAGCUGAAACUACCUGUAUAUAUAUGUAAUGUUUAAAUAAAAGCAUCUUUCA